AUUGAUUAUCAUACAUAAGAAUGAAAAAUGAGUUAAAUACUUUAUUCAAUGAAGGAAGAAGUAAAAAGCGUGAUCCUACUAAUAUCGAUAUCAGAUUCAUGAAUCUUUUUAAUCGAUUGAUAGCAUAAUUAAAGAUGAUUGGGAGAAUCUGUGAAAAAGGACAGUUCAUUUAUUACGAGAAGGAUAUAUUUGGAAAUAGAACUGAAUUUGAUGAUGAUUUCCUAAGACUUUUAACCAUAAGUUAAUGGAAUCACUUUUUAAUUUUAAACAUGGAAGUUGUGUUACUCAAACCUGACUAGCAAAUGUUAUCGUUUAGCAAAGUAAUAUUCCUUAUAUAAUACACUUAGAAAAUAGACAUAAUCUAACAUUUUCUAAUGUCCUCCGUGAAUUCAGAAUCAAAGGGAUUAAGUUUUUACUCCCAUUUGGACUAAAUAUAUGCCAAAUACACUAUUUAUUUGCCAGAUGCAAUUACAGUAGAGAAGAUGGGGAGUGAUGAAAGAAAUAGCAUGAUUUAUAAUAUUGAAGAACGUCAUAGGAUGAUGGAGUAGUAGAUAAUGUCUUAUAAAGAUUAAUUGCUUUCUGCUCUUGAUUUAGACGAUUAAGAAAUCAAAGACUGUUUUCCAUAACAUCUUUAAUUAUAUCACAACUACAUAGAAGAUAGUGUUUAGAUUGACUUUGAUUCAAAUUAACAAUAUGAAAGCGUAAUAGCAAGGGAAUGUGAAAUAUAUUUGGAUCAAAUAUAGAUUGAUGGUGGAGAACAAAAGAAUAUCAAUACUCAAUCAGAAACGGAUCAAGAAAUAGCUAAUAAUGGCAAUAAUAAAGGACAACUUCUUCAAAAAUUAAAUUACGAAGUAAAAGUGUAUAGUGUCGAAACUAGGGUUGGUCUACAUAAUUAAGGACAUUUUAGAAACUAUUAGGAAAUACUUGGGGGGGAAUUGUUUCAGGAAUUUUAGAGAAAACCUAUUUCUAAAUAGCUUUAAAUACAAUUAGAUUUUGAAGAAUUUGUUUACCCUAAAUAGUUUUAAACACCAUUAGAAUUUGAAGACUCUAUUUACAUCCCCUUAGCUGAUCCUCGAUAGAAAAAUGUUUUAUAAGAGGAAUUGCCUGAUGUAGACAUAUCAAUACUGAGGAAAUUCUUAAUAUUAAGAGAAGCUAUGGUUACAAUUAAUGAAAAUCAAAAGCAGCUUGCUAACCCUAAGUUUAAAGGCAAAUUUUCUGUCUUGAUAAAGAUCAGAUUUUGCAAUGCAUUAGGUUCGAGACCAAUUUUUAUUAUGCGGAAGAUAAAAAAAGAAAAAAAAUCAAUAGACUAGAAUGCAAUUCUAGUAGACAAUUACAAAAUCAUAAAAAAUUUGAUGAAUGUUCUAUUUUUUAAGGAUAGAUAUGAUGAUGAAAUAAAGCCUAUUCAUAAUUUAUGUUAAGAGUUUCUGCACAGUUUUUGUGACCGCGAACCUCAAAAUUCUGAGGAUGAUGAUUAAGAAUCUCAAGAUUCUCAUUAUGUACCUGAGAAUCUUCCAGAUAUUGAGAAAUAUUUGCGUAAAUUAGAAACACUAAUUCUUUUAAUUAAAACAAUAUAUCGUGUACCUUUUUGAAGAAUUGAUUUAGG